GUAAAAGGGUGUUACUCACGGGAGCGGUGUCUCACUCAUUAGGUGCGAAUGUCUCAAAAUUCAGCGAGAAAACAACAAUGCCCGCAAGUGUCACACGCACUGUCUAUCUCGGGGCGAACCCAGCCCACUGAACCGUUUCUCCAGUUUCCAGACACCUUCUGGUCGGGUUGCGAACUAACACGACUCUCCGACCGCCACGCAACCUGUCGUGGGGAGACGAGAACCGGCCAGGGGUUGCAAAAUAAGGGAUGGUAUUUUCGCAGCCGAAAAUCAAUAGCGCAGUCAGCGAAGCAAUUUUGGCGCUUUGAAAAAUACUACACCGCGAUGCCCAAAGACAUUGAAAUUGUUUGCGGUCGCUACAUAGGAGACGACCAACCAUGCUUCGUCAUUGCAGAAAUCGGGCAAAAUCACCAGGGAGAUAUUGAAAUUGCGAAGCAACUUAUCAAAACUGCAAAGGAAUGUGGAGCUGACUGCGUAAAACUUCAAAAGAGUUGUCUCAAGGAAAAAUUCACCACUGGGGCUUUAUCUAGAAUUUAUGAAGGACCAAACUCCUGGGGAAAAACAUACGGAGAACACAAGGAACACUUAGAAUUCAAUAUCAAACAAAUCAAAGAACUGCAGGACUAUGCUGAGAAAAUCGUUGGCAUCCCAUUUACUGCUUCAGCUAUGGACUGGGUCUCCGCGGACGAGCUAGAAUCACUGGACGUACCAUUUAUUAAAAUUGGCUCAGGGGACACUGACAACUUCCCUCUACUUGAGCACGUUGCAAAAAAGAAGAGGAAUUUAGUUUUGUCAACAGGUAUGCAGGAGCUAUGGGUGGUCGAGGAGGCUUAUAAUAUUAUUACAAAACACUUGGCAAGUUUUGUUAUGCUGCAAUGCACAUCCGCGUACCCGACGCCACCGAGUGAAGCAAAUUUAAGAGUUAUGGAGGACUACCGAGCCAGAUUUCCAAAAGCGCACAUUGGUCUUUCGUGUCACGAGGAUGGCAUAGCAAUCUCUAUUGCAGCUGUUGCCCUGGGUGCCAAGGUCUUGGAAAGACACAUAACUUUAAGUAAGACUCUGCGGGGAAGCGACCAUGCCUGUUCAUUGGAGCCCCAAGGCUUACGUGAUUUAAUUCAAGCUGUGAGAUGUGUGGAAGUUGCGAUGGGCAGUCCGCAAAAGUCAUUUCUCCAGUGCGAGUUGCCUUGCAAGCAAAAACUUGGAAAAAGUUUAGUUGCCUCAAAGUCUCUGUCGAAAGGGACAAAACUCAACCCUGAGAGGGAUAUUUGCAUAAAGGUUUCAGAGCCGCAGGGUAUUCCUGCUAGCCAAUACUACUUGGUCAAAGAUUGUAUUUUGUUAAAAAAUAUAAAUAUAGACGAGCCAAUCAUGGCAUCUGACGUGGAAAGAGUCCACAAUGACGAUGACUCAAUUAAAAACUUAAGCAUCCAUUGAUUGGGAUUUUUAAUUUAAAACAGGGUGAAAAUUUUUCCUUUUUUAUAUUUUAAACUUCCGUGGAUCUAUCAAAUCCCAAAAAUAGCGGUAUAUUAGGACAAAUAAGUAAAAAGUAAUAAAUGGAGCAGUAUAAAUGUUGUGUAUAAACUUGUAGUAAAGUAUGACGAAUUGGUGUUCCUGCAUUUGAUUUCGUGAUGCAUGGCAAUGGUUUUUAAAAAUGCAAAACCAACUAAGUUUUAUAAAUUUUGUAAACUUUGCAAAUAAACAACAUUUAUUUAAAGUACCACAA